AUGACGCGCUCCAGCGGGGACACGUGAUUGUGACGUACCCGGAUGUCCUUGUCUCUGUGAGGUCAAAGCCGCUGUCAUGGCGGCGCCGCUCUUUUCCCCGGUGUUCCGUCUCCUGCGGGCGGGGAUUGGGCUCCUACCCCGCGUACUGACCGGCCCGGCCGCUCUUGGGACCCGGGGGCUGCGCCAAUUGACGGAAGUAAAAGAUGGAAAAACAACAACAAUUGAAGGGCGACUUGUGGAGGAUAAAGCCGCUGCCUCUCCCCCCAACCCGGCUGGGCAGUGCCCCAUCUGUCGCUGGAACCUCAAGCACAAAUACACAUAUACGGACGUUCUGCUCCUGAGUCAGUUCAUCCGCUCUGAUGGGGGCAUGUUGCCUCGCAGGGUCACCAGCCUGUGUACCGAGGAGCAUAGGAAGGUGGAAACGUGUGUGAAAAUGGCGCACCGAGCAGGCCUCCUGCCCAACCAUCGGCCGGCGCUGCCCGAGGGACACGUCCCACAGCCAAAGUUUCAGCUGAACAGGUACCUGACCCGAUGGUCUGUGGGAUCCAGCAAACCCAUCCUGAGGAAGGGGCUGAAGUGGUGCAAAGUGCGGAUGCCUGUGGGAGACCCCAUACUGAAGGACAACGUGCGCUAUGGAAGGAAGCCCCUCUGCUUAAAGCACUGAGCUCAGCUGGGGGCCCCCCAGUCACCCCGGGAUUCAUUCUGUUACUCAGCACUGACCCUGUGGGACAUUGUACAUAAUUCUCCCCAUUUGCCCAGUAAAGUCUCUGCAUUUCUGUAGGAA